UUAUGCGAAUCUUUGCGUCUCCUUCAGCUGAUUGAUGAGUUCGUUUCUGUCCGUCACGGCACACACACAUCAUGAUGCAGGUACACCGACUCACUCCAUCCACGCAAAACGAGAGAGAGAGAGCUGCACAAGUACAUAAUGAAUGACGAGUCACCCAGGUCAAACCACAGAAAGGACGACACGCACAAUCGAUAUAUAUCGACAAGUAUAGAGGGAGGGAGGCAGGGAGGCAGUGAGGGGAAAGGAUCGUCGCUCACUAUCCCCAUCCUACGGGUCUUAUACAUGUCCGUCGAACACGAAUGGCGCCACUCGCCCCAGCGCCACACGAGCCAGCCGAGUGGUCUUGGGGAAGCGGUCCUUGAAGGCACCGCUCUCACCCACAGGUGCCUCAGUCGUCACGACACGAACCACUGCAGACAUUCAGAACGAAAACUCUCAUGACAUUUGACCAGCAGAUGUGCCCAUCUGUCGGGCUGACCAUCGAUGUUGUCCCAGCUAGUAAUGACAACCCAUGCGACGAAGUUGUGGCUGCUAUCGGUCAGCACCAGCCAUCGCUCACGGCGGUCCCACUGGCCAAUGGAGCUCACUGCCACUGUCGCUGUCGCUGUCGUGGUGCAUCCCUCCACCGGUGCGUGAGGCGGCUGGGUCAGCAGGUCACGCAGACGGCCGCCACCAACAGAGCUGAAGAAUAUGACCAUCACACACACACAAGCAAACGCACACCCCUUGGUGUUGCCUGUCAUGAAGCCAUUGGUCUGUCUUCACCUGUCGAGGGUCGAUGUGUCAUCGGUCAGGUGAGUGUGGUAGAAAUGGUCGAGGAUCAUGCGUCGCGCGAAUGACGACACCGAUGCGUCGCUAGGCCGGCUGGUAUCCACGUCCCAUUCGCCGGUAUCCACGCGCCCGUCCCAUAUAUCGAAGCGUGGGAGGUACUUGAUGUGGCUGCGGACGGGCGGGUCAUGCUGUAGUCGGUGCUGCUGAUACAGAUGGCCGGCGGGGAGGGGCGGGUUGAUCGUCAGCCGGAAGGCGGGCCGGUCGUUGAUGGCCCUGAUCUGGUUGCCGUGGCGGAAGAGCUGCAGCCGGCUGCCGUCACCGAACUGCACGUGGCGGCCGACCAUCACCAGCUGGGCUAACACACGGGGGAACGAUGCAUACGUCUACAUGGGUGCAUCCAAGACACACAGACACACGAAUGAGGACCUGUCUGGUGUGUUGCGCCCCUGCGUGUAUCUUACGGUCUUGUUGGCAUGUUUGUUGAUGUCGUCGGCCGUGACGAUGACCGGCAGCCUGCAGUAGCGGCACUGCUCGGCCAGCUGCAGUGUCUCUUCCGUCUCAUCCCACCGCCCCCCCUCCUCGGCUAUCCACACGGCCGCCAUGAGGGCACCCACACGCAGCGAUGGGUCGAACUGCACCAGCUGAGUGUCGAUGCCGUCAGGGCCCAUCGAGUGGUCGAGUCGGGUGCGCAGCUGCCCAGAUGAGAAGGCGUCUCUGAAGCACCGGGCUGAGGCUCUCAGCUGCAGCGUCGUGUCCAUGUCGGGGAUGCAGCACCGAUCGUCGAUGAAGAGAUGGGCGAGGGGGUGCUGCUGCUCGUCAGAUGAGGGCCGCCCGCAACACCAGCGCCACACUCGACAGCAGAAGCGCCACAUCCACAGCAACACCAGCCACCACACAGACACCUGCACCACACAUGGAACCGUCGCAGCACCCAUUGCUCAGGUCAGUUAUGUCGCACCAGGCACCCACCUGCUGGUGCUGUGGGUGGCUGUCUGUCGAUGCGACACCGUGACGGUCGGACGACGCGAACAUCUCGUCUACUGCAUCCGUCACGACCUGCACACACCACACAAACGACAGACAAUGACAUCAACACGGUGCUGUGUUGGCGAUUCUACUGGUCUUCUGACACGCUCACCCCUUUGGUGGUCUGUGUGUCGCCCCACAGCAGCCGCAGCAUCCUCAGCGUCGCUAUGCCAGACUCCAACGCCGACUCGCUAACAGAAAUCUCACUCGCAAGGGCCGCACUCUGACAAUGAACAAUGGGACACACAAACCCACACAGGCCAUAGAUAGGCAGUGACACGUGUCGCUUUGGCUCACCCAAAUGCCGCCGGCUAUCUGCUUCUGGUUGGUCUUGCGCGUGAUGUAGACGGCCGUGGCGGCCAGCAGACGGACAUCGCACCCGGCCAAAUCGAUGUCACACAUCGACAAGAACUGCACAGACAGACAGACAGACAGACAGACAGACACCCAGGGAGAAGCCAUUCAAUAGCUGGAGGUGUCUCUGUGUGUGUGUGUGUGUGUGUGUGUCUGGCGGACAGACUGACCAUGAGGUAUUUGGCGAAUGAGAACAGGCGGCCGUGGGUGUCCAUGCCAGCCGCAGCAAACAGCCCCUCCAGAAACUCAAUGCCACUCUCAGAGCUAUCAGCCACCACACGCGUCAUCACCUGCACACACAGAGGCAGACAGACACAGACAGACAGACAGACAGACAGGACGAGGUGUUGGCGUGGCUAAGUGAGCCCUCUGUGCCUUUCUGUGCACACCUGUGUCAGUGUGAGAUCAGCAGGAGGGUCGUCAGUCAGCAGCUGUGGCUCGUGCCGCUCGACGCAGGCGGCCACACACGCAUCUGCUACCUGUGUGUUGAGCAGUCAAGCGUCACACACGCAUCUCAUGAGCUGCGCUGUCCAUCAGUCAUUCCUCUCUCAUUGCCUGUGUGGCGCUAUCGGUGUCAAUGAGUCGGUCGGCGUCGCAUGCAUCCAGCAGCCGCACCGCCCGCAGGAUGGUCGCGUCGCGGCAGCCAACAUAUGAUGCUCUGUUGACUAUGCGAUCCACCAACAGGGCUGCAUUCAUAGAGGACAUCACAAGACAAUCUGCUCUCUUCUCUGAGGCUUGUGUUGUGUGCAUCAAGUACCUCUCUGCUGCGGCCAAGCAAGGCCAUCAUCCUGACCAAACAAACACAGCCCAUCACAAGCAUCAUCCCCUGUCCUGCUUUCUCCUCACUCACCAUCAUGCUCUUCGCCAU